GUCCUAUGUGAGACUGCUAACCAGAGAAUAAUAAAAUAAACUUUUCCACUGGGAAUCCGAUGUUGCAAGCGACCAGCUUGUAGGCACGGGUUAUCCCGGUUUCAGAGAGAAGCCCCAACAACGGCUUCCAGUUUGGGCGUGCUGCACUAUUUUUUUUCAAAAUUCUAUUUCUUUGGAUGACUCUGUGAUACGUUGAACUCAGUUGCAAUGGCGUGCGGAACGGUGCGUUAUUGGAAGGAGGGCGUCUUCAUUCUAAUCCUCGCUGUCGUGGCUACCUCGGCGGCGCCGGAGAAAGAGAGAAAUUGUUUUCACAUGGGAUUAAAGUACAGGGAUGGACAGACCUGGUUUCCGAGCCCCAACAACACGUGUUUCCAGUGCUCGUGUAUCCAGGGAGAUGUCGAGUGCGAGUGGAAGAGUAACUGCAAACCAGAAUACGGAGAGGCUCGUUCCCCCGAAGAGAGGCGGUAUAUGAUUAUGAAGGCUGUGACAGGUUUCCCGGGAGAAGAUGGUGAAGUUGGUAUCCAAGGAAAACCCGGAAGAAGGGGAGAUGCAGGUCAGGAUGGCAGACAUGGCGUCCCCGGACCACCAGGGCCCCCUGGCGACAGCGAAAUGUCUGCUGAUGCUGCUUACCAGAUGUAUGUCCAACGUAACUACGGUAACAAGGCAGGAGGUGCUGCCUAUUCACCUCGGUACCUACAGGCUCAAGUUGGCCCUAUUGGACCACGUGGACAAAGUGGUACACCUGGACCACCUGGGCCACCUGGACCUCAGGGAAUCCGAGGAAAUGUUGGUGAUUCAGGAAACCCAGGACCUCCUGGCAUGAGGGGACAACCAGGGCCAGCUGGACCGGCGGGACCCGAGGGAGACACGGGUCGCCAUGGUGAGUCAGGAGCCCAAGGAGCACCAGGAGCAAGAGGAGCUCCAGGAAGACCAGGGAUGCCAGGCAUGCCAGGACCAAAAGGACACAUGGGAUACCGUGGAUUCAUAGGAAAGCGAGGAGAAAUGGGUUUGCAAGGAGAACCAGGAUCUAUCGGACCGCCUGGCCAGGGUGGACCACCUGGACCACCAGGAGCUCGCGGACUCUCGGGAGAGAGAGGACAAGAUGGACUUCCUGGACCUAGGGGCCUGCGAGGUGUGGAUGGGCUGCCUGGACAGGGUGGGUCUCCAGGAACUAUGGGAAGCAUGGGACCACCAGGACUGCCGGGAACUGUCGGACAGAAGGGAGAAGCAGGUGCCAAAGGCCCCAAGGGAUCAGUUGGCCCCCAGGGAUCACGUGGAGAAAAUGGACUCCCAGGUGCUGAUGGUGAGAACGGCCAGCCUGGACCCCCAGGGAGAGCCGGAUCUGAUGGGGAGAAGGGAGCCUCGGGCGAUCCGGGUCCAGCUGGAUCCCCAGGUUUCCCAGGACCACGAGGUCCGCCAGGAUUACUAGGAAGUCCUGGCAACGACGGACCCAAAGGACCUCCGGGAGAUCUUGGACAGCCAGGGUACAAGGGGGAGCCCGGUAUUAAGGGAGGACCUGGGUCACCAGGUAACCGUGGACGUGGAGGCUUACCAGGACUUGCUGGCAAAAAGGGACUCCGUGGUGCUCCAGGAGCCCCUGGACUCCCCGGACUGGCAGGAGAACGAGGUCUUCCUGGAACUCGAGGUCGACCUGGCCCUGCUGGCAGUCCUGGACCCCCAGGGGAGGAUGGAGCCUCUGGCUUGAGAGGAUCUCAGGGUCAGACUGGUGCAAUGGGAGAGGUUGGACGCCCAGGCCCCCCUGGACCUCCUGGUGAAACGGGAAUGCCAGGAAGUGCCGGACCUGAUGGAAAAUCUGGACCUCCUGGACCAGCUGGUGCAUCUGGUGCCGAUGGAAAACCAGGAGAAAUUGGUUCCCCAGGACCCCCUGGCCCCCCUGGUCAACAGGGAGCUCAGGGUUCUCAGGGAGAAAGGGGCUCAACAGGAAAGUCAGGCAACCCCGGAGUGCAGGGACCUCAGGGACCUCCUGGUGACAAUGGACCGACUGGUGAAAUGGGAUCACAGGGAGCUCCAGGACCAGAGGGAGAACCAGGUGUGCGUGGAGAAGCAGGUGUGGGUGGACCCCCAGGCUUCCAGGGCCCCCCUGGCCCCCUUGGCCCCCCUGGAGAAGCAGGAACAGAGGGUGAGCCUGGAGCUCCAGGACCACCAGGCUCAAAUGGCCGCCCUGGAUUCAGGGGAGAGCGAGGGUUCCCUGGAGAGCGGGGCCCGAUCGGCCCUGAAGGUGAGGCCGGAGCAACAGGUGCAGUAGGACCACAGGGGCCUGAUGGAGAAAGGGGACCACCGGGUGAAGUUGGUAUUCAAGGAGAAAAUGGACCUCAGGGAUCAAUUGGUUUGCCAGGAGAGAGAGGACCAUCUGGGGAACCAGGCACAAAGGGAGACACUGGCGAGGGAGGACCUCCAGGUCAGGAUGGAUCAUCAGGCCGACCAGGACCCCCCGGCCCGAGGGGCGAACCAGGCCCCCCAGGUCUGGCCGGACCCCCUGCUGAGAAAGGUCAACCAGGUGACCCAGGUUACAGGGGAGAACCGGGACCCCCAGGAGCUUCAGGGGAGAGGGGUGAGGCAGGACCCCAAGGAGAGGCAGGAUAUCCAGGGUUGCCAGGAUCGCCAGGAACUCCAGGCCAGAAAGGAGAAUCUGGUCUUCCAGGACCAAAGGGAGACGCGGGAGAGGCAGGCCCAGCCGGAGAACUUGGUAAACAAGGACCACCUGGAGUUCCGGGUAUUGUUGGCAGGAAGGGACCGCGAGGAGACCAGGGGAUACCAGGAGUGCCCGGAGAACCUGGUGCCCCAGGACGACCAGGUCCCAUGGGACUCGGAGGCAUGCAGGGACUGCCUGGACCAGCAGGAUUAGCAGGCACGCCGGGCAUCAAGGGUGUGCGUGGUGAGACUGGAUCCCCGGGACGAGCGGGUAACCCCGGCGCACGAGGUGAACAGGGCAUUGCAGGUCAGCCAGGCGCCCAGGGAGAGGCUGGUGAACCGGGUGGAGUAGGUCCCCCAGGGCCUGCCGGACGAGCUGGAGAGAGGGGUGAGCCAGGGAUCCCAGGUGUCGGAGGUGAGAGAGGACCCACUGGACCAAACGGACCUCCGGGACCACGUGGUGCAUCUGGUAGGCGAGGAAAAGAUGGGUUACCAGGGAAACCAGGGACCAUGGGACCACCCGGGCCGCCAGGACCUAACGGAGAACCAGGCCAUUCUGGACCUACAGGAGCCGAUGGCGCCCCAGGUCUCCCAGGACGACAUGGGGAGAAGGGUCCAGAUGGGGAGGUUGGACGGCCAGGCAGACAGGGACAGGCUGGGUUGCAGGGUCCUACUGGACCAGCAGGCCCUGUAGGAGGUCCAGGAGAAAAAGGUCCAAGGGGAGAGACUGGACCAGAUGGGUCACCAGGACCAAAUGGACAAAGAGGAUCUCCAGGAGUACAAGGACACGAGGGGGAUGCUGGAGCACCAGGAGAUGCAGGAAACCAGGGAGACAAAGGACACCCAGGAUUUAUGGGCCUGCCCGGUCUGCCUGGACCAGAGGGACCGACUGGAGAGGUUGGUAAAGCAGGACCGCGAGGACCCCAGGGAGACAUGGGUUCAGACGGUCCGCGAGGCCCCCCGGGUCCAGAUGGACAGCCCGGACCAGAUGGUCCACGAGGACCGCCGGGUCCGCGUGGCCCAUCAGGCGAAGAUGGUGACAGGGGUAAUCCAGGAUCAAAUGGUUUGCCAGGCCCUCCAGGCCCACCAGGAGCAAGUGUGGUUGGACAAGCCAUGAGAAGCUGGUUCCAGAAUGAUGCCUCGGAUGAUACCUGGAUGGAUGAAACAGCCACAGAUGACAAGGGAAGAAAUGUGUUGAACGAACUGAAAUCCGUGACUGAACAGAUCAAGAAACUGAAAAAUCCAACCGGGGAGAAGGAUGCCCCAGGACGUACCUGUAAGGAACUCGUCAAAGUAAACAAAAAACUUAAGAAUGGUCUGUACUGGAUUGACCCCAACAUGGGAACCAUUGCUGACGCUUUCCAAGCCUAUUGCGUCAACAAGGGCAAGGACAAGACAGAAACUUGCAUUUUGCCAGUCCAAGGAAAGUAUGAUGCCCAACAGUGGUUUUCCAACAAACGGAAAAUCGAGGAUAAUGAAGGCUACGUGUGGGUGUUUGAAAAGAAGAAUCUGACAAAGGCAAGAAAAAUCGACUAUGGCGUGCACGCGUCUCAGAUCAACUUCCUCGGCCACAUCAGCCGGACGGCGCGCCAGAAGAUCACGGUGGAGUGUAUGAACACAAUCGUGGUGUUCGACCGGAAGGUCAAGAACUACGAGCAGGCGGUCCGACUGAGGACGUACGACGAGGAGGUGAUGCUGGUCCGCGGCAGGAAGCCGCUCAGAUACCUUGUCAGAACCGACAGCUGUCAGCGUAAAAACAACAAAGGUGGAAAAACCGUAUUAGAAGUGAAAGGCAAGAAAAUAAAAGCCACCAGAUUGCCGAUUAUGGAUAUAGGAGUAUAUGAUAUUGGAGGACCCAAUCAAGCGUUUGGCUUAGAUAUCGGCCCAGCAUGUUUUAGUUGAGCUGUUAUUAAACUCAUUUUGUUUUUAUUAUUAUCUCAGAAACAUUUUACAGUUUGGAAACAGUUAACAUAAUCUGCAGUAAGAAACAUUAAUAUUAAGUUAGAGUUUCAGUCCUUGUUCUAGUAAUGUAACAGUUUUUAAUUGACCAACAAAGUAUUUUAAGAAGACGUGGACACCUUUCCCUAAUUACGACCAAGGGCUGAUAACUCUAAACAACAAGAGCUCUUCUGGGAUGUUUAAGAAGCACAUGUGAUGUUAAUUGUGUAGGUUGCUACUUCACUGCCAUGAGUGUAUGAGAAAUGUUUUAAUAUAGGAAAAUGUAUUAGUGUAAAAGUGCCUCUUGAUAAAAAGACGUUAUUUUCUACAUUAUUCACAAAUCAUCAUAUCUGGUCUAUUCAGGUUGGUUUACAACACAAACUGAUAAUAAAAUAACAAAAUUAAA